UCAGUCCCUCCUUCCUCUCGCAACACAUCCAAAGCCCUUUCUUCCAAAUCCACGAGAUUUCACAAAUGCCGUACUACACCAGGGACGACGAAGCCGUCGACGAUUUCGACGAGUACGAUCCGACGCCCUACGGCGGCGGAUUCGACCUCUUUCUGACUUAUGGCCGUCCACUUCCACCCUCCGAAGAAACCUGCUACCCACACUCUGCCGGCAACGACGACGACAUCGAUUACGAGCGUCCCCAGUUCGAAUCCUACGCCGAGCCCUCCGCUUACGGCGACGACGCCCUCCAGGCAGAGUACAGCAGCUACUCCCGCCCAAAGCCCCACUCCUACGGAUCUGGUGGCUAUGAGUCUGCCAGGCCACAACCGGCUUAUGGCUUCCAGCCAAGUGCAUCGGAGUACGGAUCUGAAGGAUAUCGCCGUAAACCGGAGUACGAGGAACAAGAGUAUGGAUCUGGUGGGUAUAGGAGGAAACAGGAAUCAGAGUCUUACGGAUCUGGUGGGUAUGGCGGGAGACAGGAGUCGGAUUCUUACGGAUCUGGUGGGUAUGGCGGGAGACAGGAGUCGGAUUCUUACGGAUCUGGUGGGUAUGGCGGGAGACAGGAAUCGGACUCUUAUGGAUCUGGUGGGUAUGGGCGGAGACAAGAAGAAGGAGAAUCGGGGGGAUACCGGCGGCAAUCGGAGUCCGAAGAGUACGGAUCAGGGCGAAAGCAGAGGUAUGGGGAAGAGGAGUAUGAGAGUUCUGGGUAUAGAAGGGAGGAAUAUGGGAGGCCAAGUUAUGGGGAUGAGGAGCCGAGGAGGCCGAGCUAUGGGCGGUCGGAGGAGGAGGAUUACCGGAAGCCAAGCUACGAGAGGCGCGAUGAGGAUGAGGAGCGUCAGUAUGGGUAUGGGGAAGAAGGAUACGGGCGGAAGAAAUACGGUGGGGAUUCCGAUGAGGAGGAGAAGCACAGCCGCCGUCACCACCACCGCCGGAACUAUGAUGAUGAGUGAGUGAGUGAAUGGAUUGAUCGGCGUUUCCUAAAUUGGUACUAAAUAAAAGGUUGGGACGCCCCAUUGGUUGUUUGUUUCUGAUGCAUUCAUCCAACCCUGUGUUGUGUUGAUGCUUUUGUUUCUUUGAUGAACUGUUUUGAGUGCUUUUGUGUGGUUUUUGUUUUAUGCUUUUGGGACAUACAUAACAACAUGAAUCUACUUCUAUAUACUUCAAUCUAGUUCAUUAUGAUGUUUGGAUA